CAGACACCUAUGAAGAGCUAAGCUUUCAGUCAUUCUGGCCAGAACUGCAAAACAUCUACUUUAAACUACAAACUUGUCCUUUUACUAAGGUGGGAAAAUCUACAAGCAGCUUAAAAUGCUACAUCAUAUGAGGACCAUACUUAAUGCUUCAUGGAGAUAUGGUAACAAGUGCAUUGUUCGUCAUUUUCAGUCUUCCCAAACUCAUUCACAGUUGAAAGGACGUGAUCUGUUAACCCUUAAAAACUACAGUGCUGAAGACAUCAAGUAUCUUCUCUGGGUUGCAGCUGAUCUGAAAUACAGGAUUAAAGAAAAGGGAGAGUAUCUGCCGCUGCUACAAGGAAAAUCUCUUGCCAUGAUAUUUGAAAAGAGAAGUACCAGAACCAGACUUUCUACAGAAACUGGAUUUGCUUUAUUGGGAGGACAUCCUUCUUUUCUCACUACGCAGGAUAUUCAUUUGGGAGUCAAUGAAAGCCUGAAGGACACAGCAAGGGUGCUGUCUGGGAUGACAGAUGCUGUCCUAGCUCGUGUUUAUCGCCAAUCUGACUUGGAGGUUUUGGCUAAAGAAGCAUCCAUUCCGAUAGUGAGUGGACUGUCUGAUGACUAUCAUCCUAUUCAGAUCUUGGCGGAUUACCUUACAAUCCAGGAAUACUAUGGUCACCUGAAGGGGUUGACCAUAUCCUGGAUUGGUGAUGGAAACAAUAUCCUGCACUCCUUCAUGAUGAGUGCCGCAAAAUUUGGAAUGCACUUACAAAUUGCAACACCAAAGGGAUAUGAACCAAACUCUUCUGUAAUAGAGACAGCUGAACGGUUUUCUAAAGAGUGUGGCACCAAGCUUCUCCUGACAAAUGAUCCCUUGGAAGCUGCCAGUGGAGCCAAUGUGUUGGUUACAGACACGUGGGUGAGCAUGGGCCAAGAAGAGGAGAAGAAGAAACGUCUGUUAGAUUUCAAAGGUUAUCAGAUCACAAUGAAGACUGCAAAACUAGCUGACCCCAACUGGAUAUUUCUUCACUGUUUGCCAAGAAAGCCUGAAGAAGUUGAUGAUGAGGUUUUCUAUUGUCCCAAAUCGUUGGCUUUCCAAGAAGCAGAAAACAGAAAGUGGACAAUCAUGGGCGUGAUGGUGUCUCUGCUGACUGAUUACUCUCCUCAGCUGCUAAGGCCUACAUUCUAAUUCUCAGCAUAUGCCUACUAAAUGCUAAUUCCUAUGGACAAGUUAUCUGAUACACAAGAAUGAUCACUGGGUAAAAACAUCAAAACAAAUGAACAGUUCCUUUCAAACAUGCUUCUGAGUGGCAUACAUUGUACUCUGCUGUACAGUUAUUCCCAUAUUAAUCAGACUUAUAUAGAUUGUUUGGUUGUUUAGAUGUUCAAAGUUCUGAAAGUU